AUGUCUUCGAUCAUCAUCUUCACUUUCUUCAUCCUCCUGUUUUCACCCUUUACAGUCUCAUCUCUAAUCGACACCACGGACGACGGAGACCAUGACAACCUCACUGCCUAUGAAAUCAUCCAAUCGUAUGGGUUUCCGAAGGGGAUUCUCCCUAUAGGCGUCACCGGCUACGAACUCGACAAAUCCACCGGAAAAUUCAAAGCUUUCUUCAACGGUUCUUGUAGCUUCUCUCUCGAAGGUUCCUAUGACCUUAAAUACAAAUCAACUAUUGGUGGGAUCAUAUCGAAAGGUAGGUUAAAGGAUCUUACUGGGGUUAGCGUCAAGGUGUUUUUCUUUUGGCUCAACAUUGUCGAGGUUUAUACAUCAGAAGACGAGCUUGGUUUUUCUGUUGGCAUUGCGUCAGCUGGGUUUCCGAUCGAUAAUUUUGAGGAUUGUCCGCAAUGUGGAUGUGGUAUGGAUUGCAAUGGCGUUGUUGACGACCCUCGAGGUAAGCAAUCGACGAAGAUCAGAACAAACCCUUUUGUUUCUUCAAUCUAG